AUGGCGUCCCCGCCGCCCUUCGUCUUUCCCUCUUCCCUCCACGACCUGGAAGAGGAGCCCGACGGCGGCGAGCGCCGGCUCUGCGUUGCAACUGGGACGGAUCUUUCUUCUCUGCGCGCGGCAGAUCUCGAAGAAUUUGUCAAAGGUGCGGCUCCACACGGCGAAGCCAUUCUCUCCUUCCCUCUCGUUCUGUAUUGUGUGUCUGCGUGUGAUUGAUGUGUAUUUGCUGUGCAGGUCUGGCCUUCGACCUGUCGGACAAAGAGAUCUUCUGCGUGGAGGAGCAGGGAGUGUUCGACCGUCUAUACUCCGUCGUCAAGGGCUUCGCCCGGCUCCCUCCGGGCUGCAAAAGCCUCCUAGUCGACACUCUCCGUUCCAAUCUAUCUGUGCUCCUCCCCAGCAUUGGUUCCCUUUCUCGCUCCUGCACCUCAUCUCCGCGGCCUGCAGUGGGCUCGACCUCCCCUCUCUCCUCUCAGUCUCCUGUUUCUAAUGGCGUAUAUGGAUGUGGCCCCUCAUCCCCAGCCGAGCGCAUUGCUUCCCACCGCAAUGCCCUCAUGAUCUACACGUUCUUCCUCUUCACGAUCAUCCUCUCCGAGGAAUCAGAAUCCUCCGCUCAGGAACACGGGAACGCCGGAGGUGGGGGCAUUUUUAAGGUCAGGGUUUUAUUUGAUUUCCUUUUGUCACUUCUUUCUCGGCUCUAGUGGGUGAAACUUCUGUUCUCCAUAUUUUAUGUUUAUUCGCCGUUCUUUAUGCGUCUAGUUGGGAGCGCAAGGGCGGAGGAAGAACGCCGCUGCCUCAGCGUGGAACCUGGGGUCCCAGCGGGGUCGCGUGGUGAAUGCUAUUGCGAACUCGUUGGACAUCAACCUCCAGGUGCUCUUUGGGUCCAUUGAUCCUGAUGAGAAGUACCUGUCAUUCGUGUCCAAGUGAGCUACUCGUGACGUUUUUUUUUUUACCUCUUUUUCUCCACCAACUGUUCUUCAUCUUGAUAAAGCCCUUCGCAUAUAAUAUAGGUCUGCGUUCCUAAUGUUUGAGAAUUCUGUCUUUCUGAAAGACGAUGACACAAGGGAUGGCCUCUGCCGCAUAACUGGCUCUAUUUCUACCAAGUACCACCGGAUUGCAGAGUCGUGUGCAUCGGUAUUGAACCUAAUAUACAGGUUUGACUUCUCCGUGUCACCAUUAGUCAGUGCAGUGGCUUCUGCCGAGAAGAAGUACGGGGAUGGGAGUCUGGCGGUCGCCCUCAUUAGGGAGAUUGGACUAACAGAUCCGAAGGACUAUGUCAGGGAUGCUACAGGAUCUGAGAACAUAGGAAGGUUUCUUGUGGAGUUGGCUGACCAAUCUCCUAAGAUAAUGUCCACAAACAUUGGCAUCUUAAUUCCUCACUUUGGAGGAGAGUCUUACAAGAUAAGAAAUGCUCUGCUUGGGGUCUUGGGAAAGUUAGUCACGAGGGCAUUUAAGGACAAUGAUGGAGAUGUGAGCUCCAAGUCUCUGCGACUACGUGGGAAGCAGGCUAUGUUGAAUAUACUCCUCGAAAGGUGUAGGGAUGUCUCGGCCUAUACAAGAAGCCGGGCCCUUCAGGUUUGGGCCGAUCUAUGUGAAGAACAUGCUGUAUCGAUUGGUCUGUGGAACGAAGUUGCAUCUGUAGCUUCUGGGAGGUUGGAGGACAAGAGCGCAAUUGUCAGGAAAUCUGCAUUGAAUUUGCUUAUUACAAUGUUGCAACAUAACCCAUUCGGUCCACAGCUUCGUAUUGCAGCUUUUGAGGCAACGUUGCAGAAGUACAAGGAUAUAUUAUGUGUGAUGGAGUCUAGUGGCCUUUCUCAGAGUGUUAUAGAUGGUAACACUAUUCAAAAAGAGAGUCUGGAUGAUGAGCAGCGUGAUAAUUUGAAUGAUAAGAUUACAGCUUUUUCCGUACAAGGAGAAAAGGGAGAUACAUCAAUGCCUGUUGGUGAUUUGGAACAGACGAGGGCGUUGGUUGCAUCUCUUGAGGCGGGUUUGCUCUUUUCAAGGUGCAUUAGUUCUACAAUGAACACCCUGAUCCAACUUUUGGCUUCAGCUUCUGUAACUGAUGUAGAUAAUACAAUCCUUUUGCUAAUGAGGUGCAAGCAAUUCCAAAUUGAUGGAUCCGAAGCAUGCCUGCGCAAGAUGUUGCCCUUGGUAAAUGCUUACGAACUGUUUCAUACUCUCAUCUUUACUGGUUAUAGUUUACGGGGACUAUGUAUCCUAUUACCCGUCAGUGCAUUAAUUUUAUACAUCUACAGGUUUUUUCGCAGGAGAAGUCUAUAUAUGAAGCCGUGGAAAAUGCUUUUAUCACGAUUUAUCUACGGAAAAGCCCAUCAGAAACGGCUCUUAAUCUUUUGAAUCUUGCAAUAGACUCUAAUAUUGGAGAUCUCGCGGCUUUGGAGUUCAUUAUUAGUUCUCUUGUGUCUAAAGGAGAAAUAUCUAUGAGCACGGUAUUCAGAUCUAUCUUCUUUACAGGAAGUUUCCAUUUGAGCAUUUCUCGUUGGUUCAGUUCAACUCAGGCGGUUGUGAAAGUUUAAUCCCAGUAAAAAUGAUUAAAAUAUUUCUAACACUUGAGAAAUUGCAAGGAAAAUUCUACGUGUCGGGUCAUGGAUGAAAAGAUCAUUGCUGGCCCAAGUUAUUGGGAAUUUGUGUUGGAUUGUGUGGGAGGUUGGCGGAGGAUUUGGGCAGCACGUAAUGCAUGCUGUCACUUCAAGCUCCACCUCUUGGUAGCAAGCUUUCCCAGCCACCAUUUUACUAGAAUACACUGAUUUCCUGCUUUAGACGCCACCUAUUUAAAACGCUGCAUAGCCUCAUCUAGCCCCUCUGGCUAUUUAUGAGGUUCUUUACCUGUAAUUUAGUUACGGCCUCUUCUUUAUUUAAUUCAAAUUUACUACAGCUGAAUCGCCCUCUUCAAUUCCGUGUACAUAAUUGCUGUGCAGAUGCCAAUGGCCGCCUUCAUCAUUUACGUUGGAUCAUUCGUUAGUAGAUUUUGGCUAGGAUAUUCUGUGAUUUUAAGUAAAAUACUUCUUUACAUGGGGUUUUUCUAAAGUUCUAUUUAUUGAACUUUUAUGAGCGAGCAUGACUAAUAGUAUCGUAGUGCCCCAUUCCUCAUCAUGGCUUCCAAUUUAGGAUUUUUGCAUAUUCCCCAGGCUAUGAUGAAAUAUCUGUCUCAUAUUAGUUUUUGAAAACUGUUCUCGAAAAGUUAUUUUCUCUGCUGCUCAUACGGAAAGAAUUACAUUGAAUGCCUUCUGCCAGAAGAAACAUUUUUGUUCUGAACAGAUUGUACAUUCUCUGAUUCUCUUCUUCUUUAUUUGGGUUUAUCACGCUUUCAAUACAAAUAUCUUCCUCUUCAGCAUGUUAGUUGUCAUUACUUAGCUUCUAUAACUCUUCAUCUUUGUGAUCAAAUUCUGCGAAAUUAACUUUUAAAGUGUGUAAAGCAUUCAGAGUGCUCUCUCUCUCUCUCUCUCUCUCUCUCUCCUCUCCCCCAGUCCACUUGUGAAUCGUCUACUGUGAGGUCCACAGGCGAAACUAGACCGAUUCGGGUCAAUAUUAUUUUGGAGCUCAAAUCUGGAUACUUUCUUCCUCCUAAAUGUUUUUAAAUAAAUCAGAUGGAUCUAUCUCCGGCCCAAGAACAAUGAAACGGCUAUAUAACUAUUUUUUUAUCUUGAAUGCUCAAGAUUUUUUUUACUUGCUUGAAUGCUGAGAACAUUUACUUUACACAUUUUUUUAUUACCAUAAUAAUAAAAUUUUCACUCCUAUCAUCAAGACAUACUAGAAAGCAUAUUCUAGUGAAUUAAAUGAAGGAGCACUAUCAUUGUCUUCCGCAGUAUUUUCAUUUACACUAACCUGAAUAAAGAAAUUAUCAAUAUCAUUAGCCAAUAUGUAUCCCUUGUUUGAAGACGAUGAGAAUGUUUCUUUGUAUUUAGUGAAAGCUUCAAUGAGGAAUAAUGUCUUUCAAAAUAUUCUAUUGUUUUACUGUCACAUGGAGAAAGCAAGGUUUGUGAUCUGUUGAUGGGGAAAAAAGAAAAAAAAUCUAAAGACAUGAAGAGUCCAGGGGAUUGGAUAUGUAUCCCUUGUUUGGAGAUAAAUUAUCAUUAGUCUAACAUUCAUAUCUUUCCCUUGUUUGGAGACGAUGAUAGUAUUUCUUUGUAUUUGAUGAGAGCUUCUGCGAGGAAUAAUGUUUUUCAAAAGAUUCUUUUUUGCUUCUGUCCAAUAACGAAAGCAUGGUUUGCGAUCUGAUGAUGGAAAAAAAAAGAAAAAAAUCUAUAGACAUGUAGAAUCGAAAGGAUCAGAUAUGUCAGGGGAUUUUCCGUCUAACAUAUGGAACUUAUGUAACUUAUCCUUGGCAUGUAGUGUACUAUGAGCCCAUGUGAAACUACAAAUAUAGUCUGUUUCCUUUUAAUUUCAUGGUGAGCGAAUUGCUUGUUUCAGGGAGUGACUUAAUUUUUUUACUGUCCCGACUGCUUGAUAAACUAUUUAACUUCACCAUGUGAUCUGAUUAUUCAUAAUUCUGAACAUAUUUUUCUUUGACAUCAUGCCAACAUCUGGUCAAUUUUUUGAGGUACACGGAUUUAUUUAUUUAUUUUCACGUACGAUUUCGCUGAUGGUGGAGUUAAACAAAUCACCAAAUGCCCACAUGAGUGUCGCCUCUAUGAUAAUCUGUGAAUGUUUUUUGUCCUUCAGGUAUCAGCUUUAUGGGACAUCUUCAGCUUUAACAUCAAUGGGGUGACAGCUGUGCAAUGCCGUGGUGCUCUUUUACUUCUCUGCAUGGCUGCGAAAUCAUCUCCUGGGAUUCUAAGUUCUCAUUUGCAGGAUGUCAUCGACAUUGGUUUUGGGCGUUGGGCAAAGGAGGAACCUUUACUUGCGAGAACAGCUUGUGUGGCACUUGAAAGAUUGUCUAGGGAAGACAAGGAGAAAUUGACAAAUAGCAGCAGUAGCAGAAUCUUUGGUAUUCUACAGGGUUUAAUUACUGGUUUUGUGCUUCCAGAAAACAUUUGGUAUGCUGCUGCUGAUAAAGCUAUAAGUGUUCUGUACUAUAUUCACCCAGCACCUGAAAUGUUUGCUGCAGAUUUGGUGAAAUCAUCCCUCAGUUCACUGUUCUGUUGUCAUGAAAGUAAUAUGGGGUCUGAUAAUUCUGAUCAUGGUGAUUCCAAGUUAUUUUAUAAUGUCUCGGCGUCAAAGCUAAGCAGAUGUCUAUUCAUCAUAAGUCAUGUAGCACUGAAUCAAUUGCUUUACAUUGAAUCUUGUAUUCGAAAAAUCCAAAAGCAGAAAGCGGACAGAGAAAAAAUAAUGAAAAGCGAGUCUAUUGAAGGCGACAAUGGAGCAUCUACAGAGGCAAAUACCAAAGUCGUAACAUCUCUUUUAUGGUGCUUUGUUGCCAUCUAUAUUUGCUUUUAUUUUGUUGUAAAGUGAUUUAUUUCCUUGUACCGCACGUCCCCUUUGUGUUUUAUGAUACUCAUAGGAACCUAAAAAAUACAGUAUCCUAAUGAUAAUUUAAUGGAAUAUUCCCUAAUAUAUUCGUUUUUUUUUUCUCUAGCUUUGAAGUGCGUAAGCCAGUAUUUAUGUAAUCACAGUGAAUGGUUGGCUUCCUUCAGACGUUUGUGUCAUUGGACUACACUGCUUGCCACAGUUGGAAUAAGUUUUCGUCUUUACAGUUUAUUGAUUGACAAAAUUUUGACGUUACAUUGCUUCCAAGUCACCAACGAAUUUUUGAAGUAAUGUUUUUUAUAAACGCAUUGUUUAUAAAAUUGAAUAAAACGUAUUCUUUUCUGUAGUUUUCCAUACAUUGUAUGAUCUCAUUUUCAUGUUAUUUGAUGAUGUCAUAUUAUUAUAUUCCUUGCAACUGUAUUCUUUUUUUACACGACAUAAAAAUGGUAUUUCCUCAUUUAUGUUCUGCUACACAGGGUGGGAUAAAUGCUGAAUUGGGUCUUGCUUCUUCUCAAGAUGUGAUGAUUGAUGGACUUUCUGAAAGAGCCGAGAAAGAAAUCAUCUCAGGUGCUCAUCAUGAAAAGAACCUAAUCGGGAACUGCGGACCUUUUAUUUCAAAACUUUGCAGGAAUUAUAAUUUAAUGCAUAAGGUAAAUAUUCUUAAUAAUUUUUUCCUUUGCUACCUUGUGCUUCACCCUGCUGUGGUAUUUUGAUUAUUUUCAUCCAACGUGACUCUAGGACUUACCCCUCUGUCUUGCGUUUUCUAGUAUCCCCAACUACAGGCUUCGGCAAUGCUUGCUUUAUGCAGGUUAAUGAUUAUUGAUGCCGACUUUUGGUAAGUGCCUGCUGUUUUUUCUUGGUCAAAUAGGCUCUCUAUCAAUGUAUAACCAUUAACAAACCAUAAUUUAUUGAGGUUUCAGUGAGUCAAAUCUUCAGUUACUGUUCACCGUCGUUGAGGGUGCCCCAUCCGAAACAGUCCGUUCCAAUUGCACCGUGGCUCUUGGGGACCUUGCAGCUCGCUUUCCCAAUCUUCUGGAGCCAUGGACGGAAAACAUGUAUGCUAGACUUCGAGAUCCUUCAGAUUCUGUCAGGAAAAAUGCAGUUCUGGUGCUUUCUCAUCUCAUAUUAAACGACAUGAUGAAGGUCUGGUAGAUAUUAUGCUUUACCAUCUAAUCUUCUCCGUAUGUGAUUUACGUACUGAAUUUGCUGCGACAUUUGUGACAGGUGAAAGGGUAUAUAAAUGAGAUGGCUAUGAAGUUAGAAGAUGAAAAUGAAAGGAUUUCAAGUCUUUGCAAACUUUUCUUCCAUCAGUUGUCAAAGAAAGGUACUCUUAUUUUUGGUCUCGGUACUACUUUUCUACCUGUUGCUCAUACUGCUGGUGUACUUUUCAUUUUCAGGGAGCAAUCCAAUCUAUAAUUUACUUCCGGAUAUUCUUGGAAGAUUAUCAAGGGAAAAUCUGAAAGCUGAGAAGUUUCGAAGCAUCAUGCAGUUUUUAAUAAACUCCAUAAAAAAGGUAAAAUGGUAGCACAUCUACUGAGCGGGUGGGAGUUAUUAUCUCGUGGUUUCCUGCUAUCUAAAAUUUGAGUUACGUUCAGGACAAGCAAAUGGAAGCUCUUAUUGAGAAGCUAUGCAACCGUUUCAGUGGAGUUAAUGGUAUACUUUAUCAUGUAAAAGAUUUCUUCUGUUUAUCUACUUUGGUCACGUGGUAAAUCUAUCACGUGAGUUUUGCACGAGUCCUUGUCUGAUCCACACUGCCGUAAUUUUUUGUUCAAAUAUUGUCUUGCUAUGGACACGAAGUUAGGAAAUCUAAUUUUCAAGAUAAAAUCAUUCAUCUUUUCCUCCUCUCAAUAGUUCUUAGUCAUUUCAAAUAUAAUACUAUAUUUUAGGUGGGAGUGUCAUCUGGGAAGUUUGAUGUGCCCAUGGUUGGUGGCAACUACCUUCCAAAUAUGCACACAUUUUGAUCAUAUUUUCAUUCACGCUUUAUUCUAGUGUUUCAGAGCAUUUAAUUUGAUUGUCAUUUAGAAGUUGUCGUUUCCAAGAUCUUGUUUACGGAUGCAGUGACAAAAAAUCUCAGUUGCUUAUCUGCGGCAAUUUCAGUACAUGUUGAACUAUAUACUAUGGUAUUUAGCUCCUUCUAGAUGAAUUUCUUUCGCUGAAACAAUAGUUUUUUUUCACUUUUCUGAUACAGAUGUCCGACAGUGGGAGUAUAUUGCAUAUUGUCUUUCUCAGCUGACAUUUACUGAAAGGGGGUUUAAGAAGCUCAUGGAGUCUUUGAAAACCUAUGAACAUGCUUUAUGUGAGGAUUCUGUGAUAGAGUAUUUCAGGAACAUAAUCAGCAAGGUCGUAAAUAUCUUUAUUUUUUCAGUACGAUUUUUUCAAUUUUACUUCCUGGGAACAAUAAUUAAUAGUUUUCCUGUAUGUAACCUCAUAUCAGGGGAAGAAAUUUGCAAAGGUAGAGCUCAAGUCCUGCAUAGAAGAAUUUGAGCAAAAGCUAAAUCAGGUUCAUAUUAAUAGAAAAGAACAGGAGAAGACUACCCAAAAUGCACUAGUAUACCAGCAGCAAAUUGAUGGUAUCAAGGGCUUGGUUUUCUCCAAGGAACGCACUGAUGAUGAAUCCAAUGAUGCUGAUGGUAAGGCAUUUGUUCAAUUUCUUUGCUGGCAGGUUUAUGCUGCCUUUUUUGGAUAGAACUGUGGUUCUCGUAUUGUCUUUUGAGUUACAUAACUGUAUAGUUUUUCUCGGGCACCCUAAAGUGCACAACAUAUAGGAUCUAAGGCAUAAAUCGAUUAUUAAAGGUACUGCAACUUAUGUAUUGCAUCAGUUAUUCUUUUAUUUAUCUUUGAGCUCAAUGUCUUACAAUGAUGAAUUUGAAACAAAUAUUUAGUGACAUCAUACUGCUCUUCAGCGAACAAAAUAUAGACGAUGAAUAUGCAACUUUUAAAGGAUUGUGCACUGAUUUUUUAAUCUUUUUUAAGCAGCAAUCACGUUUUUCUGUUAAUCAGAGGAUAUCUGGAUCUAUGCUUCCAACAUUGAAAACUAUUACAUAAAUGGAAGGAAAGGGUUGGAUACUGCUUCGCAAACAGAUUCGUUUCUAUUUUGAAUCUUUGUGCGCGUGAGUUCUUCAUCAGUAUCACUGAAGUAAACAUAUUUGAUAAAAAAAUGACGCAAACAUCAUAUAGAUAGAUGUAUCAUAAUUUUCAUUUAACCUCUAAAGAAAAGACGGAUUCAGGUGGGCACUUGGCUUCUAAACAGCCGUGUAUAGAUUCAAUAUCGUGUGUAUUGACUGGCACAGGAAAUUCUCCUUUCCCUGUGCCAAGAUGGGUUGUCCUCUGGCAAUCUCCUUUUCAUCCUCGCUCAAGAUGGGCUCUCUUUCCCAUGAGGCUCAGCCUGCAUCUGACCAACAGCUGACAGCUGAGAGAUGAUUACACUUCCGAUCAUUGAUUCCAUUGAAAUAUGCAAAUUUGAUUCAACAACUGUCAGAGCUUGUUUUCCAGGUUGUCUCAUCUUCUUUGGUCUUUGGUGGGUGCUCUGCUUGAUGGGUUCUGCAGAGGCUAAGUGAUGCCCAUCAAUAGUCCUCGCUAGACAGUUUAUGACAUAUACGACGAGCAUGCCACCAGCGUUCUUCAAGAAACCAGACAUCUGUUCAUGCCCAUCAAAUGCUUGUUCAUUUGCUUGUUGAUUCGCUUGCAGGCGGAUACGGCGAUGCCAUGGAGCCAAGUGAAGAUAGAACGGAGGAGGCUGCUGCUGCUCGCCGUUCGUGCCAAGAGAAAGAAGCCAAGUCAGAAGACGACAGCGGCAUCUCCAGUGUAGCGGAUGAUCGCAGUGAGUGGUCUAAGAGAAUUACCUUCCUCUGCCCCGCAGUAAGAUGUCGUCCUUCCAUGCCCAUCAACUGUUGAUUCAUUUGCUCAUGAGUGCUUGCAGGCGGAUACAGCGAUGGCCUGGAGCCAAGUGAAGAUAUACCGGAGGAGGCUGCUGCUGCUGCUCGCCGUUCAGAAGAAGAUAGCGGCAACUCCAAUGUAGCGGAUAAUCACAGUGAGUACUACAAGAUUAGUAGUAGCUGGCCUCUGGCACACAGUAACAAGUGUUCUUCGACGUGAGUGGUGCUUCGUGGUGGUUGCUAG